AUGUCCCCUUCCGCCAUCGAAAACUUUGAAACCAAAACAAAUCUCACGAAUAACCACUCGUAUUACGAGAACAUCAAGAGCGUCUUCGCUGAGCAGAACAAUCAUGGCGUGAACAAUCCCAAGAAACUUAUCGGCGAUUCUCUGAAGGAGCGGCUCGAGAAUGUUGAUCACAAUGCCUGCGACCCUGGCGAUGAAGACGCCUUCUUCAUAGCCGAUCUCGGCGAAGUUUACAGACAGCACAUGCGCUGGAAGUUGAAUCUGCCAAGAGUUAAGCCGUUCUAUGCGGUCAAAUGUAACCCCGACCCUCGUGUCAUUGAGCUCUUAGCCGCCCUCGGCACGGGCUUUGAUUGCGCUUCCAAGGCAGAGAUUGAGCAAGUCAUUAAGGCGGACGUUGAUCCAAGCCGUAUCAUAUAUGCCCAGCCAUGCAAGACCAACUCCUAUGUUCGCUACGCAGCCAGCCACAACGUCAAGAAGAUGACUUUUGACAAUGCCGAUGAGCUUUACAAAAUCAAGAAGCUCUAUCCCGGAGCCGAGCUCUUUCUCCGCAUCUCUACCGACGAUUCCUCUAGCUUAUGCCGCUUGAGUCUCAAGUUUGGAGCCGCCAUGGACACCACGGACGGUCUCCUUGCACUCGCAAAGGAACUUCACCUCAACGUGGUAGGAGUCAGCUUCCACGUUGGCUCUGGCGCCUCCGACCCUAUCGCCUACUUGAAAGCCGUCCAAGAUGCCCGCCUGGUCUUUGACCAAGCCUCCGUGCACGGAUUUUCCCUUCACACCCUCGACAUAGGCGGUGGUUUCGUCAGCGAGACCUUUGAAGCUAUGGCUAGCGUCCUCCGCUCCGCCUUGGAUGAGUACAUGCCCAGUCACAUCUCCAUCAUCGGCGAGCCAGGCCGCUACUACGUCUCGUCCGCAUUUACGCUCGCCUGCCACAUCAUUGCCCGCCGCACCAUCGAGAUGCCGACCGGCGAGAAGAGCUACAUGAUCUACCUCAAUGAUGGCCUAUACGGUAACUUCUCCUCCAUCAUGUUCGACCAUCAGAAGCCUCAGGCACAAGUCCUCCGUACCGGCAACCAGACCCUCUUCAACAAUGUCGCUGCGCAGGAAUCCGUCAACGGAACUGAGUACUCGAUCUGGGGACCAACUUGUGACGGCAUUGAUCGUAUCUCUGAGAGCAUCCGCUUUGAUCACACGCUGGAUGUUGGUGACUGGCUUUACUUUGAGGAGAUGGGCGCGUAUACCAAGUGCUCUGCUACACGCUUCAACGGCUUCAGCGACGCGCAUGAGGUUGUUUAUGUGGCUAGCGAGCCGGGCGCGAGAGCGUUGCUGGGCAUGAACUGA